GUAAAUAAAUUAGUAGGAAAAUAUCAUUGGUAAGUGGUUAAGAUGAUCAUGGUCUUUUUCUAAAUAAACGGAAUGAAAAGGUAGUGAGUGUGACAGGUUCGGUGCGUCGAUAAUACGUUCGGGUCCAUCAUAGGCCCGGUAAAAUCGGGGACGGGCUAAAAUUGCAGGAUGCGUGCGCGUAUGUGAUGCGCGAACGUGCGUGUACCCACGGGGCGGCGCGUCGCACGAUUCGUGGGCGUUUUUUUAGGAUUUGAAAAGAGUCAAAUGGUGGGGAACGGAGCCGUAUUACCCCAGUGUUUCGAAGCAGCGCGUAAUCAAAGCGUUUAGACACAGUUGCGUUCACACGUAGGACGACGCAACGUCAUACUGUUUCCUUCUUAUCUAUUGCAUGUCGAUCUACCUCACAAGAAUAGUCUUCCACUGUACAAAUAAAUGCUUUAUUGUUAUUGUUAUUAUUCUACAGAUUGAUACGUUCGUAGCGAAGAAUGGUGAGUUACUAUCAAGCGAAACAGAUGACAAAUUCGACGAGUAUGUCGGUCAACAACGAGAUAUCAACCGUGGAGCCAGUAAAUCCGGUGAAAAGUCUCGUAUGUAGUCCGGAUUUGAGCGUGUUCACACCAGCGUGCAGUGGCGAGACUCUAUCGGCAAACGUCGAGGAGAAGACGUACCAGUGUUUGCUGUGUCAAAAGGUUUUUAAUCAGAAGAGUUUGUAUCAGAGCCACCUCCGUUCGCACGGUAAAGAAGGCGAAGAUCCUUACCGAUGCAAUAUUUGCGGGAAAACUUUUGCGGUACCUGCGCGAUUGACUAGACAUUAUCGUACGCAUACUGGUGAAAAACCAUACAGAUGCGAAUUUUGUGGUAAAUCGUUUUCCGUAAAAGAGAAUUUAAGCGUGCAUCGUCGUAUACAUACGAAAGAAAAGCCUUAUAAGUGUGGUGUGUGCGAACGUGCAUUUGAACAUAGUGGUAAGCUGCAUCGACAUAUGCGAAUUCACACCGGAGAACGGCCACACAAGUGUACGGUCUGCUCGAAAACGUUCAUUCAAAGCGGACAGUUGGUAAUACACAUGCGCACGCAUACCGGGGAAAAACCAUACGUUUGCAAGUCCUGUGGCAAAGGAUUUACAUGCUCUAAGCAACUGAAGGUACAUACCCGCACGCACACCGGGGAGAAACCUUACACUUGCGACAUCUGUGGUAAAGCCUUCGGUUACAACCAUGUCCUCAAAUUGCAUCAGGUUGCCCACUAUGGUGAAAAAGUUUAUAAGUGCACACUAUGUCAUGAGACGUUUGGUUCAAAGAAGACAAUGGAGUUACACAUUAAAACACAUUCAGACUCAUCGGUCACUGGUUCUCCUCGGGACUCACCAAUUGAGCCAGAGAUUGAGAUCUCGCAGGCAAAUAGUGUAGGCACUGCUAGUGACAAGGAGAACUGCAAGACUGAAGAGCCAAUUGACGAUCCUGCUGCUUAUGACGACACUCCACGAGAUUUUCCUUAUUACAUGUAUUCCAGAGAGCAGUAUUCACAACCGCUUCUGAUGCCUAGUGAAGAUAGAGCUUUUCAAACGACGUCUGUGGUCCCUGUAGAACAGUCUCACUUGUUUCUGUAUCCUGAGGUUUCUCCAACAUACACUGGUCUUGGAAUUCAAAGCAACGAAUUUGUCAGUGACUGCUCGUCUCUUCUCAAUUUACCAGGGAACGACGCUCGUAGAAGAGUAGAGGCUGCACUGGAAGCAGUCGAAGAAGAAAGACAGAGGGAGUAUGGCAUCAGGAUUGAAAGAGAACCGAUUUUAACUCCUCCAAGUAGCAAUCCCGUAAGUCCUGUUCCUUCGCCGGAUCCUCUCGAUUUGGCAAUUCCAGUACGAGAAACUUUAAUUCUCCCUCCAAGAAAACGGUGUAAAAUGAUCCUGGAGUCAAUGGAAAGUGAGAGAAAUGGUCUUAUCGCCUCUCAAAGACAGAACUCUGUUAUCCAAUUUGCAAAAGCAUCAUAGUGCAAGAUGUGGAAGAAAUUGAUUCUGAACCAGUGAUAAUUUCAUAGACGGUGAGACAUAAUCUAAGUUUUGUGAGGAGGUAUAAAGAACUAGAUACUAGAGGUGUGCGGUUAUGCCUAUGUUCAGCAACGGAACGAACCUCUUGAUAAAUGAAAUCGGACGGCUUGUUGGCACACUCGUUUUGCCCGAAUGUUUCGGGAUAAGCAUGAACUGACAGUAUUGCUUUGCAUCGGUUCGACAGAAGAUCGACUCAAAAGCCCGAUAGAUCCAGCUAUGUAUUAAGAGGAGAUUGAUAAACAUGUUUUUUGUAUGCUAACUUAAAACUGUAAAGCAUUUGGUUUUUUCAUAUAGAGUUUGUAGCAAACAGCGUGCUUUUAGUCGUUUAUACUUAUUUUAUUUUAACCUUAUACUUUAUUUUUUAUGUAAAGUCAUUGAAAUAUUUUGUAAUUAACUUAAAAUCAUUGUUAAAGUAAAAAGAAUCUUUCUUCCAAAUUUUCCAAAUAUAAUAUUUAUUCAUUUAAGAUUUAUCAUCACCGUUUCUUUCCAUUUCCUUUUAAUACGUAGUUGAACGUAUCGGGCUCUGAAACUAAUCCUGUCCGACUUUUGCCUAGCCGAUCAAAAGCGAUACUGCCCGUUCAUGCUUAUUCCGAAACAUUUCGGAAUCCGAGCAAAACGGGUGUAGUGAGUCCCGCUCGAAAUUCUUUUUUUGUUGGUCCGUUUGAAGUUCGGAACAUGUUCGAGACGAUCCGCACAUCUCUACGAGAUAUACAUUCAGAGUAGUAAUGGGCUGAAAAAAUUCAGAUAACUAAUGUUACAAAUUGCUGAAGAACUUGUUGAGCUUUUAAUUGUCUUAACAAACUUUGAAUUUUGGAGUAUAACGAUUAAAAUAUGACUAAUAGAAAUAAUUUUAAUGCACUGAUAAAAUAUUUCAAUACUGUUACAACAAAUUCAAAGAUUUUAAGACUUUUAAAUCUUACAUUAUAUUGAAAUAAGAUAGACAUUUAAGAGAAAGAUGAAAAAAUGCCCAUUGCUAACUGAUUAAAGAACUUUGUGCUGCGGGAAUGAUAGAGUUAUCUUGCAGUGGAAUUUCACUGCGGUAUUAUACGAUCUGAGUUAAUUGUUUUUAUACCGAGUAUUUUCUGAAUAUUUUGGGGUUUUCUUCAAACAUUCAAAUACUUUUUCAAAACGAAGUACAAAGAAUAAGAAAUUGAUGGAAAUAAUUUUUCUAAUAGAGUCGUAUUUAAUUUUUGCGACUGACAAGAAACAUUUAAUUAGUGAUCGAACUGACAAUAACUUUUCUUACAUUUUGAACUGUGAAAGUUUGAAGAAAGUCGAAAAUUAUGUCGGAAAAUAUACUUUACAAGCCUUAAAUGAACCAAUAGAAAAACGUCCAGUAAUUUUACUGAAAUGACUUGAAAAAGUAAUUCUGAAAACUUUGCAGUCUAAUAAGAGUAUGAUACAGUGGCCUCAUUACAUUCGCAGAUUCAACUGGUUCCGAGAACUGUUUACACGUGCCUCAGGGUAAACAUCGUAACACACUUAGAGCUCGCCAGCAGAUCAUCUAUUACUUAUAAACUGCCAAAGGAUAUAAAGGAAAUGCUAGCUCUUUUCGUACUAUCGCAAGCUAUUUGGAACAUUUUUGACAAGAAUAAUAUCAGAAAAGGAUUCCCAUUCAGAACUGCAUUAGCUGAACAUUAUGAAUCUAAAAAUUGUAUAACUUACAAUGUUAAAUGAUUUUAUUUUAUUUUUAAAAACGCCGAAAUUCUGCGUUAUAAAAAAUGAGAUCGUUCGUUCUACUUUCUUCAAUAUAAUAUGCGUAGCUGGCGUGCUCAGUGUAAUUUUUCGUAUUUCACGUUAUAUAAUAUAUAUAGAUAUGUGUGUGUGCGUGUGCAUAUAUGUAUGUACAUCAUUGAAUUGUAACGAAUUAGUGUAAAAGUAAUGAAGAUCGUGCAGGUCACCGUGGCAGAACUAGCAUCAUCAUUAUAGAGGGCUUAGAACGAUCGUAAUCGGGAGAAUUUUUAGAUUUUAUUUUAGCUUUUGUUGUACAAAAAAAAAGUACAAAAAUAUUUGACACAAAGAAUAUAAAUAAUACGAUUAACCUAUUAUAAUAUUUCUAAAAGUCAACCAAUUCAAAUUCUGAACAAAUGAAUUCAAAUAAAUUAUUUAAUCUUUUAUAUUGAUAAAUUAUAAUUUAAAAUUUUAUCCAGAUUUUAAAAAUUUGAUAUAAACAAUCGAACGUAUCGACUAUUUCCGAAACCUACGCCACUGUUACCAAAAAUGAAUCGUUUUCUUCCUCCAAGUAAUUUAUUCCUUUUUUCUGGAGGUUAAAUUAAAAUGUUAUGCGUGUUUGCUAUAUUAUAAGGUUUUCUAUAUCCAACGUUUACGCGAAGAUCAAAGAUUUAAAUUUCUUGCCAAAACUAACAAGACUGAUACCAGUCUAAAGAAAAAUUUUCUUUGCAUAAACAAAUUUCCAACUACGUAUUAAUACGAUGCGAUAAAAGUGAUAUUAAAAUAUGUUAUUGCUCAAUUUCGUCAUCAUUAGUCUCGUAAUGUUUGUUUAAACAAACUAUUUAAAUCAUCCUUAUUAAUGAUUUAUCAUUGCAUUGAAAACGAACAGGAAAUACAUUGAAGGCACUGUACAAAUUCAAUUUACAUACUUUCAUAAAUGAUUACUUUUAAUUCCAAAAUGCGCUUCCAGAUGGCGCUAGUUUGCUGUCACAAAUUGGUAACAAUAUUUAAUCCUGUAAUAAUUGGUAUAUUAAUAUCUUGCAGUUUAUUCUUUUCUUUAUUUCUUAACAAAUGUAUACAAAUUAUGAAUUGCUUUAAAUUCCUUUGUAAUCCAUUUGCAGUUACUGGUCUGUUUCACAAAUUUAUUGAAAUUUCAAUGUAUUUAUAUUAUCAGUAUCUUUGGUGUAUUAAUUCUUCAAUAUUGACUAUAUUAAGGCCUCUGUCGAUACAGUAGUUUCUGUACAGCAGCUGUCCGUGAAAAAAAUAGAUUCAAUUUAGAACAAAACACUUUACUUGUGUUUCUAUAUAUCUAUUAUGAUAGAAGAAAGCGUAACAAAAGGUUCAACUAUCUGUUUCGUUAAAUCAUCAGGAUCCGCAAAUAUGAUUGUAGAAGCACACUAAUUUCAAGUACAAAAGCAUUGAGUCAAAUUCAAGAUUCAACAAUCUUAUAAAAAAAAAGAAAAAAAAAGAA